AUGUGUCUGUCCCCCCGGUUUUUGUCUCUCUCUCUUUGGAAUGCGAAUGGUCUUCGUCAAACAACAGUUCAUGAUGUUAUUUCUCAUAUUGUUGAUACUCAUGUUCUGUUUGUCACUGAAACUUGGCUCACUUCUGGUUCCUAUCCGAUUGACUGGUCUCAAUACCACUUGUAUGGUUCAAAAGUACCUGGUGCUUUCAACCGUGGUUCUGGUGGUAUCACUGCUUUUGUCUCUCCUUCUUGCCCCUUUACGGUCUUCCAACUCCCUUCAUACAAUCCGCACACUCUGUCUCUCAAGGUUGGCACCCUAACGGUUCAUUGUGUUUACUUUCCUCCACCCUUAUCCUCUGAUAAGGUGCUCUCGGCCCUCAGCUCAUUACCUAUGACUAGGGAUACUAUUCUCUGCGGUGAUUUCAAUGCUCGGUUGGGUCCUCUGACUGGUGAUGCUAUCUCCAAUGCUCGUGGUAAUGCUCUCAAACCUUGGUUUGACGAACAUUGCUUAUCUGUGCUUAAUGCGUCUUUGGCUUUUGGUGUCAAGACUUAUUCUUCUUUUCGGCAGCAGCAAGAAUUGAGUAGUAUUAUCGAUUUGUUUCUUACAAAUAUUGGUGAUGUUGCUUUGGUGAACCCUCAACUGGUGGCUGAGUCUGAUCUGUCUCUUGGUUCUGAUCAUCGAUUGAUGUCACUUACUUUCGGGUAUGUGCCACCUCUCGAUGACACUGUGGCUCCUGGUGAUUCUGUUCUGGCUCCUCGGCGGCAAUGGAAGCUCUCGAAAUUGACGAAAGAGAGGCCUUUGGGCCUACUCCGUGAAUCCUUUCGAUCUUCUGUUGCUCCUCUGGUUGUUACUCUCUCUGGUUUGGUGUCUGCUCCUCCUGGUACUCGUCCCGACAUUGAUGCACUCAACGGUUCUUUGAACCAAUGUUUGUAUGAAUGUUUGGAUAGCUCAAUAGGUGUGAAGUCUGGCCGUCCUGGCCAUUGGAAGAAAUACUGGACGCAAGAGAUCCAAGACGCUGCUACUGAACGGGAUCGUCUCUACAGUCGAUGGCGGUAUGCCCUUGGGUAUACUAAGAUUGAUUGUUGGGUCUUAUACAAGCAAGCUCAUCGCCGUUUUCGCUCUCUGGUACAGUCUGCUAAGCGCAAGUCCUGGCAUAAGUUCUGUGGUGCUCUGGAAAGAGACUUCUCAAAAGCUACUGCUGCUAUAAAACGCAUCAAGCGCAAUAAAGAGUCCUCACCUACGUACAGUCACCCAGAUGGUCCUGCUGCUUCUGUUGCUACUAUGGGCUCUCAUUUGGCUACGGUCUACGAAGGUGCUCUGUUAAAUACUGCUUCUCGUCCUGCUCCUGUCACCCCUAUGGUCUCUGACUUGCCUUUCUGUCUCCCUGCGGACAUGUCUCUGUUUGAUACUGAUACCUUGGUACUGUGUAUUAAACGUCUGCCGACUCACAAAGCUCCUGGUCCUGACCAUAUCAAGGCUGAGAUGUUAAAAGCUCUGACCUCAGAAAUUGCCCCAGUGCUCUCUCUGCUGUUUCACCUCUGCUAUCAAUGGUCUUAUACUCCUGGUGUAUGGCGCCAAGCCCAGGUGUUUCCGAUUUUCAAGAAGGGUGAUGCUUCCGAUCCUGGUAAUUAUCGACCAAUUUCGCUCACUUCGGUGGUGCGUAAGUUGUUUGAGUUCUGUCUCAUGCCGGCUCUGGAUGAACACUCCCCUGCUCUGGAUAUUGCUCAAGGUGGCUUCCGUCCUCAACGUAGUCCUCUGGAUCAAGCCCUCUGCUUGCAUGACUUGAUGCAUGAUUACUUUCUGACUCACCGUCGCUAUCCUGUGGUGGCUUUCUUGGAUAUCAAGUCAGCUUAUGAUACUGUCGAUCGUAGGGUUAUAUGGCAAGCCCUGCACUACCGCGAAAAACUUAGCGGAAAUGCUCUAAAAUAG